AUGUCAAAUGAAGAUUUACAAAAUGUUUACAAAAAUUCACUUACAGUAAAAGACGACUAUCCGAAACAAGAUUAUAAUUCUUUACAACAACAAAUAUAUUCAUUACACAUUAUUAAUGAGAAUCAAGAUUUCAUAUAUAAGAAAAUAAUUGAUGAAUUAUGUAAAUUACAUGAAAGUGAAAAUGUUGCUUCAGCAAACUUUAUUGUAUCUGCAGUAUUAGACUUAUUUUCUAAAUCACCAUCGAUAAAUAUGUUAACUUCAACAUUUCCAUUUACAGGCAAAGCAUUGUCAUUAAUAUACUCAUUAAAAAGAUUAA